AUGAGGAGAUUUUCUGUUAAAACACUUAAAAAGUUGCCUUAUCAAAUGGCAACUCUGUACUUUAUACUAUUUGUAAUCUCCAUCACCGCCUCUGUCAUUACCGUUAACUGCGGAGAUGAAGUGUUUAAGAGGUAUACGUCAUGUCACGGGACUAAAGUGUAUAAUAUAAACUGGAUAGGAGCAGUGGUGUUUCUUCAGAUACUACUUUGUUUCGUCUCAAUUGAGCCUGAACAGAAGAACACUGGUAAAAACCAACCAGUAGUGGAGAUAACAGCUCCAGAUUCCAACCGUUUAAUGAAUUUUAAUCUGAAUGAAACCCUUUCAAUGUACUCUAGAGGGAAUUCUAAUACUGACUACAAAGUUGUCAUCGGAAAUAAUCCCAAAAAACCAAACAAACGCAAUAAACACAAAACUAAUAAUUCCAAUACUUCCAAACUGGAAGGAUCGAAGAAUGGUAGUACAUUUUUAAAUUUAUCGGAGAGUUCGUUAUCGUAUAAAUUUGUAAAGGCGAGUGAGGAGAUAAGGAAAAGAGUGAGAAUAUGUUGGAGCUCUAUAUGGAUGGUAUCGUAUAAUUUUGUCAUAUUUAUGGGUGUUCACGGGUCAGUUUUAGCUUCCAGAAUCCACUCGGGCAUUAGUUUAAACAGAUAUGCCAUUGAGACUUGUCCUCAUCUGGCAUACUUUCCUUUUAAUUUAAGUUCUCCAGUGCUUCCAGCACCGAUUCUAAGCGAGUCUGUACUGCUGGUGACUUACAUUUCAUUUACAAUUCACGAAAUUGUGAUUCGUAAAACUGAAAGUUGUUACCUAAUAAAGAACUUUUUCGGGAAACAUUACUUUAAGGAAUCGUUAAUUUUAGGCUCCGCGAGGCUUAUAAUUCAAGUGGUUUUAUUCUCACUUGACAUUGCGAUUAUUGUCAUGUGUAUUUUAACUGGGUUCGGAACACCUUUUCACGUGCUAGUUGGAUUCUCAAUCUCAAUGCUUUCACUCUGGAUUAAUUCGUUAUUAUCACAGUUGCUAGAUCUCACACAUUACGGUGAAAUGAAGGCGCCCACACUCGAUUACAGUUACAUUUGGUCAAUUUUAAGCGCAUUUGUCCUUUGGUUUUGCGGGUUCUUUUACUACGUUUCAGUCUACGGAUUUCCCUACAAGAGACCCUAUGUGUACCUUAAUCCGAUUUCCUGGAUUCUGCUACUCUCACUCACCCAUUUCAAACGACAUGAAAUCUUCAAUUCAUCACAAUACCUACAAGGAUUCGUUCCAACAUUUACCUAA